AUGUUGUCAUCAAACAUCAAAGGUGUGGCAAAUGGCUUCCCUCUGCUGAUCGAGGUUGAGAAAGUAGUGGAAAAGCAGGUGGACUUCAACGAAGACUUCUUGAGGAACUUGUUUGUUAAGAUUGAAUGGAAGGCCCUGGUCGAGGCCUCCAGAACAAUAGGCUACACUGAGCUACCCGAGAAUGCUGAAUCCUCCAUGCUCGACUCUGAUGAGUUCCUUCGCAAGUUCCAUCAUGCCCUCGUUGAGCUUCAUCUUGAGGAGGGUGCGUUAGUUUGUCCUGAGUCUGGUCGUAAAUUUCCUGUUAACAAGGGGAUUCCAAAUAUGUUGCUUCAUGAAGAUGAGGUCUGA